AUGCGCGUAUUGAAGGCCAGCUCCAUCCAGCGCCACAACGUUAAAGGCAUCUCAAUAGCGGGCUUCGAUGUCAUCCGUGUCCUUGGUAAAGGCAGCUUCGGUGUGGUACGUCUUGUGACCGAGAGGGCUAGCAAGGCCACCAAUGCCCAAAAUGGUGAAAGCGACAGCGAUAGCAGCAAAGACUCCGCUUCGACCACCUGCAUCAACAAUCUGGACGGCACCGCGAAGUGCAACAUUGCGGCUGGGAAGUCACUCUCGGACGUUUUCGCCAUGAAAGUCAUCCGCAAGUCCGAGAUGCUGCGCGCUUGUCAAGAAGGCCACUUGCGAGCCGAGCGCGACUUCUUGGUUGCUGCAGAGGGAUCGCGAUGGGUGGUGCCUCUCAUUGCCAGCUUCCAAGACAACACCAAUCUCUACCUUGUCAUGGAGUACAUGAUCGGCGGCGAUUUCUUGGGCUUGCUUUUGCGAGAGGAUGCGCACAAGAUGAAGUGGAUACAUCGUGACGUUAAGCCUGACAACUUCCUCAUCAGCGCUUCUGGUCAUCUCAAGAUCUCUGAUUUUGGCCUGGCGUUCGAUGGUCACUGGGCACACAGUCAGUCUUAUUAUUACAAUCAGCGGUACAGCUUGCUCGACACGCUUGGGAUCACGGUUCUUGGCGACGAGCAAGACGUUGUCGAAGAUAUGGCGCCAAAGUCGACAGUGGAGGACACAGAUUGCGAAGGCCGUACUGUCCACAAAGCGAGGCUUCGAGUAGACACCGACGAAGUUGCGAAGCGAGAAGGCUUACUGAACUACCGUAACCGCACCGAACGCCGCAAGCUAGCAAAGAGUAUGGUAGGUACGAGCCAGUACAUGGCACCCGAAGUCAUCAUGGGCCAGUCGUACGAUGGCCGCUGUGACUGGUGGAGUGUUGGCAUCAUACUGUACGAAUGCCUGUACGGAAGAACCCCAUUCUACUGCGAGAACAGGCAGAAGACGAAAGAAGCGAUUGUUGCACAUCGUUCUAACCUCCACUUUCCGGACCACGAGCGAUGGGCGAGACCGAUGUCCGAGUCGCGACGUCUGCUGCCACCGCCGAGCGAGACUGUGGUCGACUUGCUGCAAGGCAUACUCACGGACAAAGCGGUCCGACUCAGCUCAAGGCAGUACCGUCACAGUGAAACUCGGCUUGGCAGGAGACUCUCCGCUGCGUCAAGCACUACCAGUCCACUAGCCCGCCAUGUCUAUGCGAACGGCGCCGAAGAGAUCAAGUCGCACAGAUUCUUCCACGGCAUUCCUUGGUCGCACAUGCACCUGACGCCGCCACCAUUCGUGCCGCGGGUGCGAGAGAACCAGUCCAUCACCAAGUACUUCGAGGACGAAAAGGACAUUAUUAUGACCGACGACGCGUCAAGCUAUCUCAGCAUCCGGGAGCAGCACUUAGGCGCCGAUUACGAGAAGUGGAAGAUCAAUCGCAUCUUGCAGGUCGCAGAGGAGCAGUUGGAGCAAGGUCUCGAGGCUCGACCUCUGCAUCGAAGUAGGAGGGAGAAGAAGCGGGCGCGCGAUAAACUGCUGCGGGAUCCGACUGUGGGUAAGAAGGUGUUGGAGAUCCGGAAGAAGAAUGCUUUCUUUGGGUACACUUACCGCAGACCUAAGCCAUUGGUUCUGGAGAGGAAUGAUAGGAGUGUAAGGAGUGCGUACGCAAGGCCAUCGAUUUUGCCGGUUGAGGCUUAUGUCUCGGCUUAA